CACACCACAGCUCAGAGGGCCAGAGAGCUGGGGAGAACUAAGAGCAGGUCUCCCACCAUGAGCUCCAGCCAGCCAGGAGCCUGUCCGUGCCAGGGUGCUGUGGGCCGUCCAGCCAUUCUGCAUGCACUUCUGAGCCCCGGCCUCAGAGCCAGGCCCCCCUCCCCGCCAUCCCGCAGCCGCUGCCAGUGUAGGCAGCACCGGCCCGUCCGCCUGUGUGCUCCUCAUCGCACCUGCCGGGAGGCCUUGGAUGUCCUGGCCAAGACGGUGGCCUUCCUCAGGAACCUGCCAUCCUUCAGCCAGCUACCUCCUCAAGACCAGCGGCGGCUGCUGCAGGGAUGCUGGGGCCCCCUCUUCCUGCUUGGGUUGGCCCAAGACACUAUAACCUUUGAGGUGGCCGAGGCCCCAGUCCCCAGCAUACUCAAGAAGAUCCUGCUGGAGGAGCCCAGCAGCAGUGCUGGCAGCGGCCAGAUGCCCGACAGGCCCCAGCCCUCCCUGGCUGCUGUGCAGUGGCUUCAGUGCUGCCUGGAGUCCUUCUGGAGCCUUAAAUUGGGCCCUAAGGAGUACGCCUACUUGAAAGGAACCAUCCUCUUCAAUCCGGAUGUGCCAGGCCUCCACGCCUCCUCCCACAUCGGGCACCUGCAGCAGCAGGCACACUGGGCACUGUGUGAAGUCCUGGAGCCCUGGCACCCAGCAGGCCAAGGCCGUUUGGCCCGUGUCCUCCUCACAGCCUCCACCCUCAAGAGCAUCCCCCCCAGCCUUCUUGGGGACCUCUUCUUCCGCCCUAUCAUUGGAGACAUGGACAUCGCUGGACUUCUUGAGGAUAUGCUUUUGCUGAGGUGACCUGAGAGGGCAGGUGCCCCAGGAGAGACUUGGACUUCCUUGGUUUGGACACAGUGCUACAGUCAGCUAGCAGGACUUUGAUGGUUCCCAGAGCCUCUGGAGCAAGACUUCUGUCCCCUCCUGGAAAGGGGAUGGAAGUUUAGGCUGCUCCUUGUGUCAGAAUUCCUAUUGACUUUGUACAGAACUGAACUAAGUUAUUGUUUUUGUAAUAAAAGGUGUGA